AUGAGUAGUUGUAGGAGAUUCCAUAAAUCGACUCACCAAUCCAACGUUGAUUGGAUUGCAAACAACAAUUUAGUUCCCUUCCAAGUACCUCGACUUACGAAAGAAAAUUAUAGCAGCUGGUGUAUUCGAAUGAAAGCUCUACUUGGUUCACAAGAUGUAUGGGACAUUGUUAAUAAUGGUUAUGAAGAACCAGAAAGUGAUACAGCUUUGAGUCAAGCUCAACGAGAAAAUUUACAAAAUACAAAGAAACGAGAUCAAAAGGCUCUCACCAUCAUUCAUCAAGCCAUUGAUGAUUCAAAUUUUGAGAAAGUUUCUGGAGCUACUACUACACAUCAAGCAUGGAAAAUUUUGGAGAAUACGUAUAAAGGAGUAGAUCAAGUCAAGAAGGUUCGCCUUCAAAAAUUGAGAGGUGAUUAUGAAUCACUGCAUAUGAAGGAGUUUGAAUCGGUUUUAGAUUAUACGUCAAGAUUUUUAGCAGUAGUAAAUGAAAUGAAAAGAUAUGGUGAGACAAUAAGUGAUGAGCAAGUAGCAGAAAAGAUACUUCGCUCAUUGGAUGAAAAAUUCAAUUUCAUCGUUGUAGCUAUUGAAGAAUCAAAGGAUUUGAGUACAAUGUCCAUUGAUCAACUUAUGGGUUCUUUACAAGCCCACGAAGAGAAGCUUCUUAAGAAGAACAAGCAGACGACUGAGCAACUUUUUCAGUCAAAGUUGAAUUUAAAAGACAAGGAAGACAACUUAGAAAAAGGCAAUCGAGGUCGAGGACGUGGUGGUAAUCGUGGACGCGGUGAUUUCAGAGAUCGUGGUCGAGGAAACUAUGGUCAAAGAAAAUUUGAUGAGAGUAAUUCAAACUCAAAUUCAUCAAAGGAUCGUGGAAGACAACAUUAUUCAAGGUCAAAUGGAGAAAUAUCAAAUAAUGACAAGAGGUAUACAAAAGACAGGUUGAAUGUUAUAAUUGUCAUAAAUUUGGCCAUUAUUCAUGGGAAUGCAGAAAUAGAGUUGAAGAAAAUGCAAAUUAUGCUGAGAAAGAUGAAGAAAUAG